AUGACCUCGUUAGAAAAAGAUUUAAGAUUAUUAAUAAAUAAUCCAAAGUACAGUGAUAUAGAAAUUUUAUGUGAAGAUGAAAAGAAAUUAUAUGGCUGUAGAGCAAUUUUAGCAGCAAGAUCCGAAAGUUUCGAAAGACAAAUUUCUUUACUAACGAUCAAUUCUAGUGGAAUGGAAAUUAUAUUAAAAUAUUUUUAUGUUGUAUCAAUUAAAGAAAAUUCUUUGACUAAAGAUAAUAUAGUUGAAGCUUAUUAUGAUGCUGUAGAUUAUUUUCAAUUAUCGGACCUUCAAAGAUUUUAUAAUGAAAAACUUAAAAAAAUAUUUUAA